AUGGCUUUCCGCAACACAACCCAGUUCGCAUCCACGAGUUCCUCCUCGUCAAUGCAUCCCACGACGACAGAGCACGACUUUCGCUUCCCUCGCCGGACCUACGGCGAUGACGCCUCGGGCGGUGGCGGCGCCGACCACCACCACGCCUUUGCCGGCGCCGACCUCAAUGGCUUCCCAGUCGACAACGACCGCCCCAGCAUGCCCGAGUUCCAUCUGGACCUGGACACGACCUUUGACACGGCCCAGAAGAAGCUGUCGAGGGCCGAGGUCUUCGACAACCUGCGCAACGGCGCCGCCGGCCUGAGCCAGAGCCCCGAGGACUUGCAGAAGGAAGACCCGCUCGCCACCCAGGUCUGGAAAUUCUUCAGCAAGACCAAGAAGCAGCUGCCCAACCAGGAGCGCAUGGAGAACCUCACCUGGCGUAUGAUGCAUGUGAGCUUGAAGAAGAAGCAAGAAGAGGAGCGGGCAAAGUAUGUAUCCCUUUCGUUUGCUUUCCUUGUGGCGCUCUCUCCCUCGGUCGGUGCGGUGCAUCUUGUGACUAACAACCUUGUCCCCCCUCCCCCCCCCCCCAGAUCUGCCCGUCCGCCACUGCAAAAUGCGCCCAGCGGGAUCGCCCAGCUGCGCAAGGCUUCCGAGCAGCAUGCAAUCAACUCUGAGCCCAUGAACCUCGACGACUUCAUGAUGCCGGACAAUAUCGAUACCCCGUCGGCCUUCCUGAGCAUGCCGUCCCCAGAAAUGUCGAGGGCCGAGAGAGACUCGCACCACAACGUGGGAUCGUCAAUCCCCAUCAAGAUGCGCAAGGACUUUGCUCAGCAUUUCGCUCCCCAAUCCGUCCCUUCUGCACCGCCUCAGCGAAACGAAGACGAGUUCGGCUAUGUGAUGCGGCACCAGCGCAAGACCAGCAUUGACGACCGUCGAACAACACGCAAGCGCCCUGCAGACUUCUCUCCUCAUGUUCCUGCUGUCAAUACCAACUUGUUGGCUAACGAGCUGGGCCCUGACGCAGAUCUCCAUGAAUAUUCUCUGGAUCAGACUACCCAAGGCGGUCUGUCGCAGCCGUUGGAUCACUCGGGUGCUUCAUUCCCCCUCGGUGCCUAUUCCAUGGAGAAUGGCUCGAUGAUCACGUCGGCUGGGCCUUUCCAGCAGCAUUUCUCUUUCUCGCCUUCCACUUCGCCCAUGAUCCAGCAUGGUCCCUUCUCCAACAUGUUCAACUCGAUGCAGCCAUCGUCUUUGCCGACCACGGCAGAAUACUUCUCCCCUCCCGGAUCGGGCUACCAAUCUGGAGUGUCUACCCCCCAUCCAGUCAACGAGGCAGACAGCAGUUUCUUCUUCGGCUCCGCAGACAUGCGCCAGACAAGGCCGCAGAACUUCCGCAGCCCCCAGAACAUGGGGAAUGCCAUGAACGGCCAGUUCGUGUACAACACCAACGGGAACUCGAUGUUUCCCGCGUCUACCGCUGGCGGUGAUUCCAUCUCUGCCUUCCCGGCAAGUAAUUCAUUCGGCCACAUCGACCCUUCGCAAGUCUUCCAGCCAGAGCAGAACACCCGGUCACCGGGAGUCGGUGGCAUGAUGCAGGAGAACAUGUUCUCCUUCGGCGCCGACUCGGACGGGGAGGACGAGGACAAUGGUGCAUUUGCCGACCGCAACAUGGGCAUGCAACAUGACUUCUCUCCCGCCCAGAUGGAAGACACACCGCUGGACGUCAACAACCUGGGCUGGGACGCUUCCCUGCCGGGGCAGUUCAGUACCCAGGCCGCGCGCUACCCCGGCGGCCCGCCGCGCAAGCAAGUCACCAUCGGAGGGACGACAACCGAUUAUGUAGAUGCCAACGGCGAAUGGCAAGGGGGCAAUCUGUCACGAUCCCAAUCGCAGUCGCUGAGUCGAUCAGAUCGGCGUCAGAAGAUCCCCCGGACGGCCUCGACGCCGUCUGUCAACCAAGCUGGCUCUUAUGACCACACGGCCCCGUCUAACCCCAACUCCCCUGGAGCUGAGCCCUCAGGUAUCGUAUCGGGCCUGUCGUCGGUUGCUCACAGCCGCCCCUCGACGCCCCCUCCAGGAUCGAAGAACGGCUCGUCGACAAACCUGCAAGGUGCUGCUGGCAACAAUGGCGAGAGCAGUGCGCCUACGACCUGCACCAACUGCUUCACCCAGACUACGCCGCUCUGGCGCCGGAACCCGGAUGGGCAGCCGCUCUGCAACGCCUGUGGACUCUUCCUAAAACUCCACGGUGUCGUUCGUCCUCUCAGUCUGAAGACCGACGUCAUCAAGAAGCGCAACCGUGGCUCUGGUUCGAGCUUGUCUGUCAGCGGAUCCAGCACCCGCGUCAAGAAGAGCGGAACCGCCUCUGGGGUGGCCUCUCGAAAGAACUCGACGCUUGCCAUGGCCUCGACAAACAACACCAGCAGCAACUCGACAACGACUACUCCGCCGUCGCAACCACCACCGCAGAGUCGCGGGGGGAGCGUACCGGAGGGAGAAAGUCCCGUCAGUGGCCCUACCUCUGGCGCGAACACCACCGGCAGCACACCCACGAGCUACCAGGGCAGUGUGGGGUCGUCGUCUGGAGCUGUUGGCGGUAAGGGCGUGGUGCCCAUCGCCGCAGCGCCACCAAAGAACACCCCUGGCCCCGGGGCCGCUUCGCUCUCGAGGUCGGUGGCCAUGGCGUCGAAGCGCCAGCGCCGUCACAGCAAGGGGACUACCAUUGCUGAGACCAUGGGGAGCAUGGACAUUGACAGUCCGGACUCUACCGGAUCUAACGAGGCUUCGCGGCCUCUCGGGUCCACUCUUAGCCUAGGCGGUGGUAUCAACAGUUCGAGCAACCUGACGCUGGCACAGACUUUCGGUAUGGCGCCUCGUCCGACGAUGGGGCCUUCUAUUGUCGGCAUGUCGAGUGUCCCAGCGAGCUCUCCCGUGGCGCCGGGCGGUGCCGGGACGGGGCCUCAGGAGUGGGAGUGGCUGACGAUGAGUCUGUGA